UUCAACGCGCGCGGUUUGCGUCGCUCUUCGUUUGCGAAUUUGCGAUUUACGAUUGCUGCUGCCGCGAUUUGUUUGAUUGUUGAUUUAAAAGUCGUCGCAAAUUUUGGGUCCGACUAUUGAAGGAGUUUUUAAGUGUUAAAAGGACAACAAAACGGAGAAAAAUAAAAAACUGCUGUUUCACAUGCUCCUCAUCGCGCUCUCUUUCGCGCGCUCGUUUGUGUUUGUGUGAAGUAUAAAUAUUUUUUUUAUCUCACUGAUCAAUCGAAUUAAACAAAAAAAAAAUUUUUCAGAAGAGAAUUCAAGUGCCGUUUUUUUCGUUGUAUACCAAAAUUAUUUAAUUUUUUUCGAGUGGAAAUGUGCUGUUUUUAGUUUUUGGAAAAUACAACAACAACAAAAAAAGAAGAGGCAAAUAAGGAAAGAGUAAAAAGAAAUAACAAGUUGAAAGAAAUUCAAAAAACCGGAUUCCCAACAACAACCACACAACAGGCAAAGAAGCAGCAUCAAAAGAGAAGAGGAAGAAGAAGAAGCAGCAUUAAAUUUGUUGUCGCGCACACACGCACUGGAAAGCCAGGAGAGUAGAGGAUCAUCAUUCUAGGCAGCUGCUUCUCUCGCUCUCUGGAAAAGUGCAAACAAGGAGAAGAUCGUCGUUAGUGUGGAAGAAUCGACAAUAUAAUCGACGUCAUAUCAAGCAGCAACAUCAGCAUUAACGGCAACGGACCUCGCUAAUUGCAAAAACAGCAGCAACAUCAGCAACAGCAGCAGCAGCAACUUCAGACGGUCAGCUGCCCCAGAAAAUUCACCGCCUUCGUGGCAAGCGACGUCCAUCAGCGCCUCUGGCUGAAAAAGUAGGAAAGUUCCAACCAAAAGAAGGAAAUCAGCAGACCACCACACCGCAGCUAUCAUGGCCCACUCCAAGGUGAUCCUGAAGGUACUGUUCUCACUGUGCGUCUGGUCCUUCGUCAUCAUCGGACUGUUCAAAAUGCACGGCACCAACCUGGUGCCGCAGGAGUACCAGCAGGUGCCGCUCAACGGGCGCAUCCUGCUGCAGAAGGACAUGCGCUACGCGGAGACCACCUCCACGACGACGGACCACUUCGAUCCCAGCGAAAUUCUAGUGGACAAUCGUACAGCCAUGGACGAUGACCAGCUGGUCCGCGACGUGGAGUCCCGCAUCCCCUCGCUGCCGAUCGCCUACUGGAGCAAGAACAAGAACUUUCUGCAGCAGAAGUCCUCCACGUGCGCCAAGUACCCCUCCAUUUUCGAGCUGGAGUUCAACAACAUAUACUGGCAGACGCUGCGCACCUCGAACGGAACGUUCCAGCUAUUCGGCGCGUACUACGACAUUCGGCGCACCUCGCUGCUUGGUCCUACGGUCCGGAUCCUCGGGAUGAUCGACCGCAUCGAGCCGAAGGUGAAGACCUUCUGCCAGUUCUGGUUCGACGGCCAGAAGGAGCCGUUCAUCGUGAAGACGUUCGAGUACAAGUACAUCUGGUACAACAAGUGGGGCAACUACAAGCAGGGCAUCUACCAGCCGUACCUGAUCGCCUGCCAAAUCCCCAAGCCCUUCCACGGCGUGGUGCCCAGCUCGGUGUCGAUGGUCGAGAAGGAGUGCGACACGGCCACCAACAACCUGCGCGUCAUCUACAACCGACCGCCCGACGACCAGAAGAAGGGCUUCGCCGUCUGCGUCAAGGGACUGGACUUCCUCUACGACGACCUGAGUGUGCGCCUCAUCGAGUGGAUCGAGAUGCUCAACAUCCUGGGCGCCGACAAGAUAUACUUCUACAAUCUGCAGGUGCAUCCCAACAUCACGAAGGUGCUGAACCACUACGAGCAGGAGGGCAAGGUGCAGGUGAUUCCUCUGACACUGCCCGGGGGGCAGCCGAAUGUGCCCGGAUUCCAGCACCUCUACCUCACCAAGAAGACGAACCACAAGCGGCAGAACGAGGUGAUCCCGUACAACGACUGCCUGUACAAGAACCUCUACCUGUACGACUACAUCGCCCUGCUCGACAUCGACGAGGUGAUCAUGCCCAAGGGCGGGGCGGUCCUCUGGUCCGAGCUGAUGGACAAGGUGCGGCCGGAGUCGCGCAAGAUCAAGCCGGACGGCUUCCACAGCUACAACUUUCGCAACGUGUACUUCCUGGACGACCAGCAGCACGAGCACGGCUGGCACAAGGAUAUCCCCAAGUACAUGCACAUGCUGCAGCAUGUGCACCGCGCCAAGAACUACACCAAACCCAAUCAGUAUGUGAAGUGCUUCCACGAUCCGGAGCGUGUGCUCACCUUGCACAAUCAUUUCCCGCUCAGUUGCCUGGGCGGCGUGUGCAAGUCCUAUCCGGUGGACACGCAGGAUGCCCAGCUCCAGCACUACCGCGCCGACUGCGUGAAGACGCUGAAGAAGAGCUGCGAGGAGUACCGCGAGCACUCGGUGGAGGACAAGACCAUUUGGAAGUACAAGGACGAGCUGAUCCGACGCACCAUCAAGGCGCUGGACACGCUGGGCUUCUUCCGCCGCCAGGGCCUCAAUGCGGCGGCCUCCUCCUCCUCGGGUUCGGGCAGUAGCUCCAGCGGACUGGGCAACGGUGGCGCCACCACCCACUCGACGGAGCGGUGAUUCGCACUGCUCGGCGGGGGCAUUGGCGGCAUUGGCGGAUGGUACUGGCCCUGGCAAUUGGUUGAAGCAUCCGGCAACAGCCUCGGCAACGAGGAGUUCUUUGUGUGAGGCACUCGCACUCCAAUUCCCAAUCGAAACCCGAAAGCCCGUCCUCUGACCCCUGAGUUUAUGCUGCGCAGAAGAGAGAGUUUAGAGUUUAGUUAGUAGGUCCAGAGUUCCCAUCCAAAAUCCAUACAAAAAGAAACCCUGUUUUCGAUUCGAUUUCAAUGGAAUUAAAGUUUUGUAAGGGAUUAUAUUCAUUAAAUUUGUUAAAACCCACUGCUUUAAUACCUUUUGGGUUUGUGAAAUGAUUGAAUUAAAGUGUUUGGACCUAACGAUUUAGGUUAUACAAUUUUUAUAUCCCUUUUGGAUUACGAAAUGAUUAAUCUUUUAAGUUUUACAUUAAUCUUUUAGGCUUUAAAUUUGUAAUAUUCCAAUGUUUUUAUACCUUUUGAAUUUUGAAAUGCUAGAUUUUUUUAAGUGGUAGAUAUUCCCCAACUUUAAAUGAAAGUUUUUUAGCCUAAACACUUUUUUACGAUUUGUAACAUACCUUUUAGAUUUUAAAAUGAGACAAUUAUUUUUUUUUUAGUUUACCCCGUCUAAUUCCAUCGAAAUCGAAUAGUUCAUCGGGGUUUAAUUGAGUAUGGCUAGUGUAUAGAAGAGGCGUUAGUUAGUUUGCGGAGUUGGGAAAGAACACUUUUGAAAUUGUGCCUUCGAACCUGGAUUGUAGUGAGACCCGUCCCCCCUCCCUCCUGCCCUCCAAUUAUGUAUUUCCAUUCAAAAGCAAAGACAAAAAAAGCAACAAAAAAGACACAAAAAAGACACAAGGUCACAACUUAAAAAAAAAAAAGAGACCCACAAAACUUAUUUACCCUGAGUUAACAGCUGAAGAAGACACGAGCGCAGAAGUCGAGGGAAAAAUCAUAGGAAAGUGAAGGAAAAUGAAAAGGAAACCUAAACUAAGUUCAAGACUGAUGAUGUUUAUUAAGAAUUAUAAAAUCGAAAGAGGGGAUUUUCAAGCGGAUUUUUGUUUUCACAUUCGGUUAGAAUCGAUAUUAAUGUUGUUGUAAAGGCAUGUAACAUGGCCCCCUUAAAAUCGCAAGCGAAAAAUAUCACUAAUGCUAAGCAAAACAAAACAAAAAAAAAACUAAACAAAAACUUAAACUUAAAACUAAAAACUAAAAACAAAGCAAAUUGACAAAGUUUGAGUUGUAAACUGUAAAUAGGAAAAUUGUUAACGACGAAGAAGAAGAAGACGAGGCCCUAAUAAUAAAGCUAACUAUAUGCAGACUAGGCCGAUUUAAAUCGGAUAAACUAGCAGGAAAUGAAAAGGAAUAGGCGAGAAUUAAGAGAAGCUGCUCAAUUCAAUCUUUUAUUUUGGUUUCCAACCAAGCAAUACCCGAUAUCCUUGUGUUUUCUUAACUUGUACAUACACAUACACCAAUACGAAACUCUCUCACACACACACACAUACAUACACACACACAUACACACACACACACACACACACACACACGGAAAUACACCACGCACAUUUCCUUAGGUAUUUUAUUUUAUUCUAUUUUAUUUUAUUUCGCAUUAUUUGAAUUUUUGAUAGCAGCUUAGUCAAAUUGUUGUUGGAGUUAAGGAGAGUCGUGUACAGUUCGGGAAACUAUGCACCCACUUAAACUAUUCGAUAGUUGUUCGACUAUACUUAAACACAAAUACAUAUACAUAUACA